AUGUUUACUAGUGAUGUUUCCGAUCCUUACGAAAUCUUAAAACGCUCGAUUCUUAAACGAGGAGACCUAACCGAUCGACAAAGGUUAGAUCAACUCUUCAACAAUAUCGACCUGCAACACGGUUCUGCGACGGACAUGUUGCAACGGAUGAGAGAGGUUAUAGGCCCAAGAACUUUCGACGAAGGUCUAUUCAAACAACUCUUCUUGUCAAAACUUCCCCAACAGGUGCAAGCAGUUCUGGUCUCGUUCCAGAACAACGCCUUAGACGAACUAGCUGUAUCUGCCGACCGCAUUCUAGAAAUUACGAAACCUUCUACUACCGAGGUAUUUUCAGUCAAAGAAAAGCCUCACACGACUCAGAAUGACAUAACCGACUUAUGUCACACACUCACGCGUUAUCUUAGUCUUCGUACCGACCGUAAGAGAUCGCGCACACCACGUAGAAGCAUUUCUCGUAAGCGAUCUGUCUCUAGACCACGAGAGACAGAUAACCCCGACUGGUGCUGGUAUCAUAACCAGUAUGGAAAGUUUUCCAGAAAUUGCAGAAAACCCUGCAAUUUUCCCAACACGAAACCGACUGAUUCGAAAAACAAUUCGGGAAACUUCCAAGCCGGCACGCGUUAA